CUACGAGAAGGUUGGCAAAGAGAGAGCACUGGUCGCCUGUUAUCGAUAAGCAAUAAGUUGCGCUUACCUGUGAAUGCCGAUUAAUGGCAUUCAAUCGUGCAUUAAAGCGUGCUUGGUUCGUUUUGUUGUAGAAAAAAAUAAAUAAAUAUUUAUAUAUACAAAUAUAUAAAUUAAACACACACGAAAAUGGCAACAAUAGCUAAGCGACAAAAAGUUGAAGAUAUCGACACGCCGAGUACUUCGGAGCAGACCAAGAAGCACAAAAAAUCAAAGAAAUCGUCAACAGAGGUGACUGGUGAAUUUUCAAGCGACUGGGAUGUGGAGGACUAUCGAACGGAAUAUGAAAGUGAAGAGCACUGGGAACUGCGUCGUGAUUUCAUGCUUGCCCAUAAAGAUCGUUUCGAUGAGGAGCGCUUAGUAUGCCUGGCACAAACAUUUAUCAACAUGGAAUUCAUGGGCUGCAAAUAUCCCAAAGAUACCAUGUUGCUGGUCGCCGAGAUGUCCAAAGAUAUUGCCGAAGAGUUCCGGAAGAAUCGUGCCUUACGCUUGAAGCGAACGUUUGUCUCUGCUUCGGACGCAGCGGAACAGCGGGCCAAAGGUAGAAGGAACAAGAUACAGAUGCAGGUGCAGGUGCAUACAAACAGCGGCAGCCGAGACCGGCUGUGCUUCGGCGGCGGUGAGCCAAUAAAUCUCUUUGAUGGAUUACGUUUUGGUAAUCUUGUCAUUUAUCUCACUGGUGGACGUAGCUGUCUGCGUAACUCGUGCACCACAAGCAAAACAAAGUACGAAGAACGACCAAGUGAAGCCCAGCCUGUAGAUGACACCUCCAAAAUGGCAGAGAUCCUUGUGAACGAUCAAGUGAUUGCAACGGGCAGUGGCGAGAACCUAAAGGCAGCCAAGUUGGCCGCAUAUAAGCAAGCUAUCCUCUUUCUACAAACCCACUGCUAUAGCAUUAAGCUCAAUGCAAGCCGUGAAACCAUCAUAGUCGAGAAGAGCAAACAUGGUGUCAACAUUAAUGUGACCAAGCAGUCGGCUGACAAUUUGGGUGAACCCAAGUUGGAUAGAAACAACAAAGGCUAUCAUAUGAUGCGUUUAAUGGGCUGGUCUGGUGGCGGCUUGGGUCGCUUAAAACAAGGACGCGAGGAGCCCGUGGGUUACCUGCUUAAAAACAAUCGCAUGGGCUUAGGCUCCAAUGAUCCGCAUGCCAACUUGGCUGAUUAUAAUAAGCUUAUCGAGAACUACGUUAAUUCGGAUGAUAUGCGGGAUAUGCAGUUUGAGCCUACUUUCUCAAAGGAAGAACGCGCCGCUUUCCAUCAAGUUGCUAGUAAAUUUGGUCUACGUUCCAAUAGCUACGGUGCAGGUGACUCUCGUCGGUUGCUGAUAACGAAAAAAGUCAGCUAUGAAAUAAUACUUAAUGAAGUUCUGAGCAGGCGUAACCCAAAGUUCUGCGAUCGUUAUUUCGUACAAGUUCCUAUGCAAAAGGCGCAUCUGUUUCCAGGUCAUGUUGCUGCAUUAGAUUUGGAAAACAUAAUGGAGUAAAGUCUAAAGUAUCUCAAUUU